AACUCAGGACGGUUCUCUCACACAGAGCGCUGCCUAACACGUUCAACUAAGCUUUUCAGAGGAGUCCUACAGGGAACUAAUUACAAAUUAGAGGAGAAGAAUCAUCAGCUCCCGAGUUGUAUUUUUGCACUCCCCUGUGAGAUUACGAAAAUGAAAAUUGAUUUCGCUCUCAUACUGGCGUGCACCUUACUUGUGGGCACAUCUUGGGGGAGGGGUGGAGGAGGAGGAGGAGGAGGUGUGCUGCCGGAUGGGCCGUGCAGGUCGGGCUUCUCCGAGAGCUUCUACACGGUGUUCAUCCCACAGGACCUGCUGCACGGCCAGAGCAUCCUCAGAGAUACCCUAUUGGCAGCAGAACGCGUGAAGUUUGAAGGUUGCCAUGUCGUCGACUUACUUGGCUUCGAGAGCAGCGACCCGAACUACAGCGUGCAGCCGGACGGUUCUGUGUACGCUGAGAAAGACGUGGCGAACCUGACGGAGCCGGUCCAGUUCAUGGUGACAGCACGUGGGCGUAGCCUGGAGGCGCAUAUCUGGGAGACGACAGUCAAGCUGGCCCUGGCAGGACACCCGUCUCAGAUAGGAGAGGGCGGAGCCUUCCCACGGCACCACCUGCUGCCCCGGGUCAUCUCGUUUCCACGGCGACGCAACUCUCCUCUCUCACUGCGUCGGCAGAAGAGAGACUGGGUCAUCCCACCCAUCAACGUGCCGGAGAACUCCAGAGGACCCUUUCCGCAGAUGCUUGUCAGGAUUCGCUCAGAUAAGGACCGAGACACCCAGAUCCGCUACAGCAUUACAGGAGCUGGCGCUGACCAGCCCCCCACCGACGUGUACAACAUCGACCCUGUGGCCGGGAAGAUGUAUGUCACCAGGCCCCUGGACCGCGAGGAGAGGGCCUCCUACCAUGUGAAAGCCCAUGCCGUGGAUAUGAACGGAAUCCAGGUGGAGAGCCCCAUUGACCUGUACAUCUAUGUCAUCGACAUGAACGACAACAGACCAGAGUUCCAGAACCAGGUGUACAACGGCUCUGUGGCCGAGGGCAGCAAACCAGGUACUCCUGUCAUGCGGGUGACCGCCCACGAUGCGGACGACGACACCACGACCAACGGGAUCAUUCAGUACCGCAUCCUGUCGGAGACGCCGCACAGCGCCGCUCACAUGUUCACCAUCAACGGGGACACGGGAGACAUCGUCACCGUGGCAGCGGGCCUGGACAGGGAGAGAGUGCCCCAGUACAUGCUUAUAGUCCAGGCCACAGACAUGGAAGGCAGCCAGACCAUCGGCCUGUCCAACACUGCCACGGCCCUGAUCACAGUGAGGGACAUCAACGACAACCCGCCAGAGAUGACCUCCCGCACGUUCUCAGGGGAAGUCCAGGAAAACUCAGUGAAUGUUGUGGUUGCGAACAUAACGGUGACGGAUCGUGACCAGCCGGACACUCCAAACUGGAGAGCGGUCUAUAAGAUUGUUCAUGGGGACCCCCAGGGCCACUUCGCCAUCAACACAAACCACGUUACUAAUGAUGGCAUGGUGACGGUUGUUAAGCCGGUGGACUUUGAGAACAACCGCUCGUUCAUGCUGACCGUGGUGGUGUUCAACCCCGUGGAGCUGGCCAAGGGCAUCCAGUCGUCGCCCGAGUCCACAGCCGGCGUCAGCAUCUCCGUGCGCGACGUCAACGAGCCUCCAUACUUCCCCUCCAACCCCACCAUGAUCCGCUUCGAGGAGGGCGUCCCCGCCGGUACCAUCAUCACCAUCUUCGCCGCGCGAGAUCCCGACAUCCUCACCCGCCAGAGGGUCAGGUACUCCAAGCUGUCCGACCCAGCCAACUGGCUACGGAUCAACACGUCAAAUGGGGAGAUCACCACGCUGGCUACCCUGGACAGAGAGUCCCCUUACGUGAAGAAUAACAUCUACGAGGCCACCUUUCUCGCAGCUGAUGAUGGCAGGCCCUCGGCCACGGGCACAGGCACGCUGCAGAUCUACCUGACCGACGUGAACGACAACGCCCCCACGCUGCAGCCCAGGGAAGCACAGGUGUGCGAGCGCUCGCGCUACGGCUCCCGGGUCAACCUGACAGCCUCGGACCCCGACGCUGACCAGAGCGCCGGACCCUUCAACUUCGAGCUGCCCCCCUAUCCUCCUUCUGUGCGCCGCAACUGGACCAUCGCACAGUUCAAUGGGCCGCUGCGGGGCUACUAUGUGCAGCUGCGGCUGAAGCUGCACUACCUGCAGGCGGGCAUGUACAGCGUGCCGGUGCUGGUGACCGACUCGGGCAACCCGCCCAUGUCCAACCGCUCGAUGCUGAGGGUCAAGGUGUGUCCGUGCGACGUCGACGGCUACUGCACGGCCGUGGGAGCGGUGGCGGCCGCUGGACUGGGCACCGGAGCCAUCAUUGCCAUCCUCAUCUGCAUCAUUAUACUGCUGAGUAUGGUGCUGCUCUUUGUGGUGUGGAUGAAGAGGCGGGAAAAAGAGAGACAGACGAAGCCACUCCUCAUCGACCCAGAGGACGACGUGAGGGACAACAUCCUGAAAUACGACGAGGAAGGGGGAGGAGAGGAGGACCAGGACUAUGACCUGAGCCAGCUACAGCAGCCCGAGUCCCUUGACCACAUCAUGGCCAAGCCGGUAGGAGUGAGGAGAGUGGAUGAGAGGCCCGUGAUCGCUGAGUCCCAGUACCCAGCCCGGUCCACCCUACCCCACCCCGGGGACAUAGGAGACUUCAUCAAUGAUGGCCUGCGGGCGGCAGAUAACGACCCCACGGCCCCACCGUACGACUCACUGCUGGUGUUCGACUACGAGGGCAGCGGCUCCACGGCCGGCUCGGUCAGCUCGCUGGACACAUCCAGCUCCGACGACCAGGACUACGACUACCUCAACGAUUGGGGGCCGCGCUUCAAGAAGCUGGCUGACCUCUAUGCUGGCGGGGAGGAGGACUGAGGACCCUCCCGUUACCCCACCUACACCCACCACCCACCACACGGACACACACACACACACACACACAAUCACACACACACACACACACACACCCAACAGCCCCCCUUACCCCGGCCCAAAAUCACCCACUCCAGCCUGGGGGAGAGAAGAGGAGGAAGAAGAGGGGUAGGAGAGGGAGGAGGAGAAGGAGGAGGAGGAGGAGGAGAGCGGAGAUGUUUGGGGAUUGACACCACCGAGAGGGAGAAAUGGACACAGCCAAUGGGCUAGCCAGCUAAUGUGCUAGCCAGUGUAUAGUGCAUUGAGCAUGUGCUGUAGAAUGGCCUAUGGUGACCUGCGAUUCAGCUCUGGUUUUUCAAUCAGUCUUUUUUGUGUGUGGCUUUGAAUGUUUUUGUCUUUUUUGACCAGUUUUUCCUCAAUUGCAGAGUUAAUGGCAACAGAGUGAUGGUAUAUGCUCGCUGAGAGAUUUUUUUGAAUGUUUUGUUUUGUGCAUCUUCCUUUUGUGUGUGGUAAGCUUUAUCACUGGAGGGAAUCGGGGGUGUAAGACCGUAACACUCCCUCUCUCCCUCCUCGCUCUAUCUCUCUUUCAACUUGAAUUUGAUUGGAGCAGAAGCACUGUCGUUUCUAAAGUGCCUUUUGUGGUGUGUUUUCUACUGGAUUCCUGCCAUCUCAGGGUCAGUUGCCAUCUUCAGAAAACUCUGUUCUCUCUCUUUUUUUUUUUUGCUCUUUCUUUCUGGUGGGUUUUGUUCAACACAUCUCCCUUGUUAGUCUCCUCUCUCCAACCCCCCAUACAUUUGCCUUUUAUUGCCCUCUAUCUCUUCCUCCCUCGCUCUCUCUCUCUCUCUCUCUCUCUCUCUCUCUCUCUCUCUCUCUCUCUCGCUUGCUCUCUCCUCUCAUCGUACUACAGAGCACUCUGUCAGCACCAGAGGAGUUUGACUGAACAAACAAACAAACAAACAAACAAAAACAGUGAAAGACACUGGGAGUGUCCGCUGCUGUGCUAAAGAUAAGAGACAGUUCUCUGUGCCGUAACCGACUGGACUGGACCUCCGUCAGGAUCCAGCUUUCAUUGUCUUAAUCACUGGGCUGUCUGAUGCCCCCCAACCCCCUCCCCAACUCAUCAUUGGCUGCUGGAGCUGAAGCGUGAAUGGGGAUCAUGUUUUCUUUUUGGAGUGGGGUGGGGUGGUGGUGGGCCGUUACUUUCACAGACCAAGGCUCCAGCCCAGACUCUUG